CAAAGUUACGCGCAGUGUUUCAAACCUGACAUAAUUCUCCGACGAACUUUUUGGAAACCGCGUUUUGCAUUUCGAUCCGAUUUGUGUGAAUACGCGACUGAGAAAUAGCCUAAUGGCAUCAAAUAAGACCUCCAACAACAACCUCAAUGGAUCGAAAAGUUACGCUGGAAAUACGGCCUCGCCUACCGGCAAAGCGUGCCUACGGUCGUGGCUGCUGUGGGCGAUACUGAUAACUUACGGACUGGUUGUAUAUGCGCUGGUGUAUUUUGGCAACAGCAAUGUGCAGUGGUAUCGGCCACAACCAGCACCCAGCACAAACUUCACCAGAAAUGUAUCAUCUACACGUGUGUUGUCAUCAAAUUCAACACAAGUUCUAAACGCGACCUCGAACCCUAUAACCGAAGUACUACUAAGCACUUCAAAACCAAACGUUAAUGCGAUGGUACUACCAAGUACUUCAGCAGCACAGGUGCCAAACCCAACUAGUACCAGCAACUCCUUCUUCUACAUCCGAAACCCAAAGGCAAGUUACACUGUAUGCGAUCAGCUGGAGUUGUACAUUGAAAGCAGGGACGGUAAGAACAAGAGAAAGACCAGAGGAGGCGACCACAUGUGGCCGUUUCUUCGGACGGCGUCAUUGCACGCCAGUGCCCCAGCAGACGAGCUGAUCGACCACGGUAACGGCACCUUCACCGCCCGCUUCACGCUACACUGGACCGGGGCAAUCGAGCCGCUGGUACGGCUCUCCUUCAGCGCGGAACAUGCUGAUUACCUGCGGAACAUCAGAGAGCGUGCACCCAUGCGAUUCGCCUACGAUGCCAUGUUCACGAACGGCAACACUACCGUCGAAAUAACUCCGUGUCACAUCGACAGAGAUGUAUUCGUCGACAAAAGGGCCGUGGGGCUUUCACUGUCCUCGAAAUCUGAGGUUUGUGACUUUUCAAAUCGGACGGCAGGCACGACGUGGUACUGUCUCAAGCCAAAGACUCUUACGUGCUCCAAUUUCACUCAACAUCGGGGUAACUUGAAGAGAGGCCGGGAAUAUGUCAAUGCAAGAAUAAGACGAGGAGAAUCAAGUGUGGUGGGCCGUCCUGGAGCUUUAAAGAAUACAGGAAAACUAAAGAUAGUCACAGUGAUUUCUAACGUGAGUGAUGCUACGUGUAUGGAUCUACCGACUUGUACUUUUGGCCUUCCACCUAAGCAACCCAAUCACGCCGCUGGUUUCUACUUCAAAGAUUCCUGGAGAUCAAAACUCUGCCGUGCGAGGGAAUUCCAUCCAACCGACACUCUGAAAUGUCUGAGCAAUAGGAGUCUUUACUUCUACGGCGACUCCACCCUACGGCAAUGGUUUGAGUAUCUGGCCACGAACCUCGGUAAAACUAUGAAGGAAGAGGCAAUGGGCGCCAGCAAUCCAAAAGUCGGUCCGAGGCGCGCAAGGGACACCCAGCAUAACAUCACCAUGUUUUUCCGCCUUCACGAGUACCCGAUAAGGAGCGGAUGGGUUAACGUCACGGACAUCAAGUUCACGGUCAGCGAGAUUGAUGGCUUGGAGGGUGGUGCGGACACGGUGGUAGCUUUCGCCCUGUGGGCUCAUUUCACCCCCACCAAUCUCACCUAUUACCGGUCCCGACUGGAGCACAUCAGGGACGCCCUUGCGCGGCUGCAGAAGCGAGGGACGGGCACCAGCCCCAUCUUCUUCAAGUCUGCCAACACGAUGAACUCCUUCAGCGUGGAAAACAACGAUCUGUUUGCCUACGAUCUGGACCAGAUGAUGAGGGCUGUGUUUGCCGACGUUCCUGACGUCGCCAUCAUUGAUGUCUGGGAUAUGACUUUAAGCCACCGGAGCGGAUACCACAUACAUCCCGUCAAAGAUGUCAUCAGGGAGGAAGUCAAGAUGUUUCUAAAUUUCCUUUGCGAGACGCCGUCUGUUUAGUCCAUGAGCCAGCAAAUUUUAUCGGUACCAUUUUGAGGGGAUAAGUCUAAUAUGAUUUUUUCAGUGGAGAAAAAUAUGAAAAGUACAGACAAAUAUGAUAGAUCUUCUAAAACAGUAGCUUAUGACUAGUUUUUGAAAGAUUUGUCCGUAAAUGUUAAAAUACCGACAGCCUCUUACUUUUGCACAACAGACGGCUGUUUGAGGAAUUAGUCAAAUGUUGCACUGUAAGUUUCAUAUGUGAUGAAGAAAUUAAACUAGCCAACAAUAAACAGCCGUUGUAGUUCAAUAUGUGCUGUGUCUGCACGAUGUUUACGUUGAGCAGACACAAACAGUUUGUGCUGAAAUACUCUGAAAUGCCGGAGUGAUUUAUGAAAGAUUAAACUGAGGUAGAAAGUAGUUGACAGGUACAACCUGAAAAAUA